CAUUUCUUCCAGUCAUUUGCGCACAGGAAUGUAUUUUAGUUAUUGCCGCAUCCUGGCACUCCGCUGCUUGUGGUAUUCCAAAGAGACAGAGGCUUAGACAGACGUGUCUAGGUGCGAGGCCAGCAGAGACUCUGUCUGCUGCUGACCUUUCUGGAGCUCCAGAUGCGCUAGUAGAAUGCCAGGUAUUAGUCAGGGACUGUCACAAGAUGCAGAAGCUGGUCGAAGUUCAGAUUCUGUGUCUUGAUCACCAGCCACUUGGUAACAAUGUUGAUAAUAUUGGCCUUCAUCAUUCUGUUCCACAUAACUGCUGCAGUGUUACUCUUCAUAUCGACUUUAAACAAUGCCUGGUGGGUAUCGGGAACAUUUUCCAUGGACCUGUGGUACACUUGCAAUGAUACAUGCAGGCCCACAGAAAAUAGCGAAUCCACAGAUGCAGCCUACCUUCAGGCUGUCCAAGCAACCAUGAUACUAGCCACCAUCCUCUGCUGCGUGGGGUUCUUUGUGUUCAUCCUGCAGCUUUUCCGACUGAAGCAAGGAGAGAGAUUUGUCUUUACCGCCAUCAUUCAGCUACUUUCAGCCUUCUGCGUCAUGAUUGGGGCCUCGAUUUACACGGCCGAGCACAGAGGCUUCCAGAAACAGGGAUUCGCCAAUGGGGACUAUGGCUACGCCUUCGUCAUUGCUUGGAUUGCCUUCCCACUAAUCCUCAUCAGCGGCGUGAUGUAUCUAGUCCUGAGGAAACGCAAAUAGGCCACCAGUCAACACCCCAUCCACAAAUACCCAGCUGCAGUUAGUGGACGCCUUGAGCAAAGGAAUAUAUUUUGUACAUACUAAUUUUUGUAUGAUGAAAUGUUACAAUGUCAAAAUAAGCAGUACUAAGACUGAAAAACUAUAUUAAAAACACCAUACUGGAAGCAUAUUAAAAUGAGGAAUGGUAUUAUAAUGUAGAAUUUUUAACCUUUUUUUGUCUUCAAUAUAUUAUUUAACCCUUUUGACGGUGAAAACAUGCUGUGACUUCAAAGGGCGUACAAGGCUGAGGCAUGUGCAGACUUGAAAAAUGAAAUAAAACAGAUCUACUUGGGUAUAAAGAUUAUGUGUGGAAUCAGACAUAUGUUUCAAACCACAAAACAGUAAAAUGUUUUCCCAGUGAAAUGAAGGCUCUGGUCAUAUCAAGUCUUGGAUCAACAUUUCCAUUUCAGCAGAGAUCCACUUAUGCCACAUUUGCUCGUGUUGAAGAAUUGGCCAAGACCACCGCAGGCCUAAAUAUUCAAGGAAAUAUUGAAUCAAAUUUGUGCUGCAAUAUGUACAGCAGUAGAAUGUACUUGAAAGUGAAUAUUAUAAUUUAACUUUACCAGGUACCCAACCAGAACUUACAAUUGGCAUUUUCAUUGUUUUGUUUAAUUAGAUUAUUGCAUGUUUUAUGUUAUUUCUAUUUUUAAUUAUAACUCAAGAUGCAGCAGAAUAAUUACAAUUGUUUUAAAUUAAUAUUACAUUUAAAACAUUCCUUUGAGGCCUUUUGGUUAUGGUUUGUAAAAAUGUGAAUCAUACCUAAUAUAUAUACACCAACAUAAUGGCCCACAACAUUUUGAAAAAUACAUAUUAAGUGUUAAAUUAUGAACAAUGAGGUAGCAAAGUUCAUAAAGUUUAUAUAAACACACAAAAAUCUUCAAUUGGGGAAAACAACAGAACUGUAUUUAUUUUGUAGACUUCUAUGAAUUGUUUCACUGUUGAUAUUUUUGUAAGUAUUAUUUCAAAAUGCCAUCGCUCUCUUUAUUGUAUGCUAAUUAAAUGGUUUUGUGUUACAUCAGCCUAA